GAUAAAAACGAUACAAAUAUAAACAAAUGCAUAAAAGCAAUGUGACAUAAAACCGCCCUGCCGUGCUACGUCGCCUCUGCUGCUGCUCUGUUUCUUACGUCAUCCAAUUUUCCCGCCAAACCACCGGUGGGCAGUGUGCGGGGAGAUGCCGGAGAGAGUGAUUGUGGCUGUGAAAGCAGAGAAAGUGAUCUCGAAGGCGGGUUUGACUUGGGCACUCACCCACGCGACCCGGGCCGGGGACUGUGUAACGCUCCUCGCGAUCCUUUUCGGAGCAAAAAAUGGUGGGAGGAGAUUCUGGGUGUUCCCGCGGUUGAAAGGGGACUGCCGGAGCGGUGACCCUACGCGGUUACCCGAUCGAGUUUGUCAGAUCUCGGAGUCAUGUUCGCAAAUGGUUCUUCAAGUUCAGGAUCAUCAGGUUAGAGUGCAGAUUAAAGUUGUAUCGGUAGUCUCUGCUGGAGUCAUUGCGGCUGAAGCAAAACGCAGCUCAGCCAACUGGGUCGUAUUGGACAAGAAAUUGAAACAAGAGUUGAAGCAUUGCAUGGAUCAACUGCAUUGCAACAUUGUUGUCAUGAAGGGUUCCCAUCCAAAAGUACUUCGCCUAAAUCUAGCCAGCACAAAUGAUCUACAGACACCCUUUUAUUCUGCCCCUUCUUCGCCUGUUAAAGAUUGUGGAAUAUUGCAAACCAACAAUAUGAAACACACCACCCCAGUUAGCAGCCCUGAGGAUCCAAGUACUUCAAACACAAGAACUUCUGGAGGAAAUUCACUUUCAAGCCCGGAGACUGGAGCUUCCAUUUAUGUUGUGUACGAAAAGAAUCCCCUCUAUGAAGGACUGAAUAAAGGUAGAAAUACACUUGCUUCGCAAAAUGCAUUUCAGCAUAUUGUGGGAAGAGCAAUAGAUGUUUCAGCAUCCACACAAUCAGCAACUUUCAGGAAUCAAAAGGUAUUCUGGAUUGCUCAGAAUCACAGUUUUGAUGAAAAAGGACCAGCUGCUGUUAAAGGUUUACGUUCCACAACCAAAAUAGCAUUUACUUCUGCCAGAAUGAAUUCAGAUCAUUUUAUACCAGAUAUGGGCAUAAGAGGACUUGAGUUCAAUGAAGAUGAUAGUGGAGAUUACACGUUCAACUCUAGUAUACGUGAAGCUGUCUCUUUAAUUAAAACGUCAUUGAAUCCCCCUCCUCUAUGCUCCUUCUGUCAGUCCACGGCUCCAUCAUUUGACAAACCUCCAAAGCAGUUUCAGUACAAAGACCUAGAAGAAGCUACUGCUGGUUUCUCAGAUGCAAAUUUUGUUGCUGAAGGUCUGUUUGGUUGGGUUCACAAAGGAGUUCUGAGGAAUGGGUUGAUUGUUGCGGUGAAGCAACUAAAGUUUGUUGGGCCACAAACAGAUGCCGAUUUCUGCAGAGAAGUGCAUGUACUGAGCUGUGCCCAGCACAGAAACGUCGUGUUACUAAUUGGUUUUUGCAUUGAGGGAACCAAGAGAUUGUUGGUCUAUGAAUACAUAUGUUAUGGUUCCUUGGACUUUCAUUUGCACGGAGAUGAGAUGCCCACAUUGGAUUGGCAUGCCCGUUUGAAGAUAGCUAUUGGGACAGCGAGAGGAUUGCGAUAUCUUCAUGAAGACUGCAGAGUCGGAUCUAUAAGUCACCGAAAUUUGAGGCCAAAUAACAUUCUCCUAACUCAUGAUUUUGAACCUCUGGUUGCUGAUUUUGGUCUUGCAAGACUGCACAGCGAGUGGAAAUUCUGUGAAAGGGAUCAAGUCAUUGGAACAUCAGGGUAUCUUGCACCUGAAUAUUUCAAUGGUGGCAAACUGACAGAGAAGGUCGACACAUACGCAUUUGGCUUGGUACUGUUGGAGCUAAUCACCGGGCAAAGAGCUCAGGAUUUACAAUACUGCAUGGAACACCAAUUUUUGCGAGAUAAUAUCCACAGGCUCGCUGCAACUGAGCCAAUACCUAUUGUUGAUGUAUUUUUUCAACAAAAAUAAAGUAAAAUUCAAAGAUAUAGAAAAUAUCCUUAAACUUGAUUAUUUAGUGCCUGAGAUUAGGAAUCUCUAAACACUGUAUGGUACAGAAAAUAAACUGGAAAAUAAAAGACUGAAAUUUAAAGUGGUGAUC